CGAGCGCGCACGCGCACAGCGGGCUCGUAGCCCGCCGGUCGGCCGUCCCGCGCGUGCGCCCUUGCGCCCCGCCGCCCCUUUCAGGCCGCCAUUUUGCUUCCGGAGCGGCGGCGGAGAGUGAGCGAGCGAGGCGGCCGGAGCAGAUGAAAGGUACGCUGAGUUCAAUGCGAGCCUUCUCCGAAGUCGGGCUGUCUGCAGAAGCCGGAUACCGAAUGUCUCUCUGCCUGCCUGACGCAAAGUUCUGAUUUUUGAAGCGAGGUUUUACAGGAAAGGUAGGUGUAGGAGUGCACCCCCAUCAUGUUUUGGAAGUUUGAUCUGAACACAACGUCCCAUGUCGACAAACUGCUGGAGAAAGAGGAUGUGACUCUGCGCGAAGUGAUGGACGAAGAUGACGUCCUGCAGGAGUGCAAAGCCCAGAACCGGAAGCUGGUGGACUUCCUCUGCCAGCAGCCCUGCAUGGAGGAGCUGGUCCAGCUGAUCACCCACGAGCCUCCCCUGGACAUGGAUGAGAAGGUUCGCUUCAAGUACCCGAACACGGCCUGCGAGCUGCUGACCUCGGAUGUGCCCCAGAUCAGCGACCGGCUGGGAGAGGACGAGGCCUUGUGGAACGUCCUCUACGGCUUCUUGGACCAGGAGCCUCCCUUGAACCCCUUGCUGGCCAGUUUCUUCAGCAAGACCAUCGGCAGCCUCAUCGCUAGGAAAGCGGAGCAGGUGGUUUCAUUCUUGAGGAAGAAAGCCGAGUUUGUCGAUCUGGUGCUGAAGCAUCUUGAGACGUCCGCCAUGAUGGACCUCCUCCUGCGGCUGGUCAGCUGUGUGGAGCCAGCUCCUCUUCGCCAGGAGGUUCUGCAGUGGCUGAACGACGCAAGGCUGGUGGAGAGGCUGGUGGAGCUGAUCCGCCCUCACCAGGAGGAAGGUAGACAGUCCAAUGCUUCUCAGACCUUGUGUGACGUCAUCAGGCUGAGCAGAGAUCAGAGCAGCCAGCUCCAGGAGGGGGCCGACCCGGAUCCUCUCCUGGCAUCCCUGGAGUCGCAGGAGUGCGUGGAGCAGCUCUUGAGGAACAUGUUUGACGAGGCGCUGAUGGAGAACUGCAUUGUGAACGGGACCCAGGUUUUGCUGACGUUGCUUGAGCCAAGGAGAGCUGGCUUGGAAGGACUUUUGGACUCUUUCUCCGAGGGCUUUGAAAAGUUCCACCCUGUCAGUAGCAGCGUCCUGCAGGGCAUUGAGCUGCGCCUGAAGGACUUCCACCAGCUGCUGCUUCAUCCCCCCAAGGUGGCUUCUAUCCUGACGACCAUCGGGGUGCUGGAGGAGCCCCUUGGCAAUGCCCGUCUUCAUGGCGCCCGCUUGAUCGCUGCCCUUCUUCACACCAACACGCCCAGCAUUAAUCGGGAGCUGUGCCGGCUCAGCACCAUGGACCUGCUGCUGGACCUGUUUUUCAAAUACACUUGGAAUAACUUCUUGCAUUUCCAAGUGGAGCUGUGUGUCACAGCCAUCCUGAUGCACUCGGUGCCCGGAAGCAGGCUGCUCACGGAAAACAGCCAGGAGGAGGCGGAGGGAAAGGCCGGAGCUCCAGAGAACUUCAUGGUGACUCACCUCUUUCAAAAGUGCUGCUUGGUGCAAAGGAUCCUCGGGGCCUGGGAGACCAACGACAAGAUCCAGGCAGAAGGUGGGAUGAGGCGUGGCAACAUGGGCCACCUGACCCGAAUCGCCAACGCCGUUGUGCAAACGAUGGAGAAAAGCCCCGGGCAGAGCCAGAUCGGGGAGCUCAUCAGAGGUCUUCCUGAGGAUUGCAAAGGACGCUGGGAGAGCUUCGUGGAGGACACUCUGGUGGAAGCCAACCGAAGGAACACCGUGGAUUUGGUGACGGCCCAGCACCUGCACUCCUCCAGCGAAGACGAGGAGACCGAGGCCGCCUUCCCCAGCGAAGUCUCUCUCCAGCAGGCCUUCUCGGAGUACCAGGUGCAGCAGAUGACAGCCAUUUUCAUGGAUCAGUUCGGUUUUAAUGACGAAGAGUUUUCCGAUCAGGAUGACCACAUCAAGUUUCUGAAAGCCGUCCCUCAUGGCCUUUUCCCCCCCAUCUGUUCCAGCGCCCCCUUCGACAGGAUCGCAGAGAUUAACUUCAGCAUCGACGUAGAUGAUGAUGGUGCCAAUGCCUCCCUCUUCGAAACCUGCUGCAGCGAACGCAUUCAGCAAUUUGACGACAGCGAGGAGGAGGAAGAGGAAGAGGAGGAGGAUAUCUGGGAGGAGAAUGACAUAAACUAUGCAGCCCAGGCCAAAUCCAGGUCACGCUUUGGAGGACUUCAUUCUGUGGCAGGUCCAGGCAAAGGUAGCCUAGAAAACGGGGAACAUGACGGCUGCAUGGACUCUGGGGAGGAGGAGGAGGAGGAGGAGGCUGAGAAGGGGACAGCUGUCUGUUCCGAGGACCCAUGGAAGGCAGAAAACCAGGCUGCGGAUCCCUCUUCUGAAGGGUCUGGGUGGAGGACGGCAGCUGAGCCCGUGAAGUCCAAGCCUCCGGCCUCCUGGGUGGCCACAGACAUCGGGUCCAGCGUGUGGGAUUCCGUAACGCCCGGCACGAAGGCUGCCGAAGAGCGAGGCUGGGCCAAGUUCCCGGACUUCCAGCCCUUCUGCUGCUCCGAAGCGGCUCCCAGGUGCAGCUCCCCUGUGGACAACGACAGCCACGAUCCCCAGGGAAGCCCCGGGAAGAGCCAGGAGGAGAACUCAAGUGCCGCCUCCCCCUGCGCCUGGAACGUCUGUGUGGCACGGAAGGCCCCCUUGGUGGCCUCAGACAGCAGCUCCUCUGGCGGCUCAGACAGCGAGGAAGAGGAGGAGACGGCCAGUGUGGCCACAGAAACCAUCAGCACAGGCUCAGGCCAGGAAACCGUCCCGCUGACUGUGGAGGCUAAGAGCGAAAAGGCCCUCUUUACCAGCAGCAACUCUGUGACUGUUGACAAGCGGGCGAAUCCUCUGAGGAGCGAAGCUGUCCCGGCGCUUGACCUUCCUCCAGAUCCUGCUGCUGCGGCCGUCACGCUGGAGGCCAAGAGGGACGGCAGGAAUGAGGAGCCCCACCUUGCAACAGAGGCGCCGCUGAAAGGCCCAGCUUGAUGGGGGACAGCCCGGAAAAUGCCUGACUGCAGCUGGGCUGCCCACGUGUUCUUUGUAAUCAAGGCUGCCUUCGAUGAGAACAGAGAGUAGAGAGCGGGUCCCUCUUCAGCCGUGUCUCUCUCUGGCCCGAGUGCAGCGUCAGCUCCUCUUCCUCCAGCCCCCCCCCCCCAGCUCCAUCCAGCCUUGACUGACCUGCAGCGGUGCCCUUCCUUGGCUUGGCUCUUGCAGGCAGGAGGGGUGGGCCCUGAUCUCCCAGUCUUGCAUCCAGCCCUCUCUGCUGUCCAGGAAAGCACCCAAUGAUGUUGGGACAAAGCUGGCGCUGGAACUUGCCUGCCAGCUUUUUAUCGAGCAAUAACGCCUAAUCGGGAACGUGGCCACUACACGAGAAGGUUGGGGGCAGGGAGCAACGGGUAGUGGGUGGCCUGGGGGACAGAAUUUCUAGCUGCUUUUGAGAGGAAGGAAGGCAGGCACGUCAGGUGAGGGACUUGCAUCAGCCGGCAUCAUCCCUGGGAACCAAGGUGACCUUGCGAGAAACGAGGUCCUGGAGCGUUUCUGGGCUGGGGUGGUCUCUGGAGACUUCCCCUUCACACAGAGUUUGAAUCUUCCUUUGGUGUGUUUGAUUUUGUAAAAAUUUUAAUAGAAACAAGAACUGCAACACUUUGCACUUUGGCUCUCAUGCCAUCCUUGAAAGUUGGAAGAGACAUUUGGGGAGGCCAUGCCAGCGUGGCCUGGCAACGCCCGAGGGUGAGCCGUGCCCUAGAUGAGACGUGGACUCUGGGGCAGCUGGAAAGGCUCUGUGGGGGGCAGGGGCAGUCUCCAUAAGAAUGGAGGGUGGCUGAGCUGCAGAAUCGAGACUGAUUUUGCCGUUGGAUGGAAUUAGCUCCUUGGUGCCCUCCAUGAAGCCACCUGCUCCUCGCCAAACCUCAGUGGAACUUGCUGAUCCUCAGCACUGGAGCUAAAAGUUUUUCUGGAGUGGGUGAAGAAAACGAGCUUAAAUCUGGCACCGUUGCAGUCCAUCCCCAGCAUAACAACGCUCCGUUUGUUUUUAGAAAAAAAAAAACUCAGAAUGUCUGUUGUCCCAUGUUUUUUGCAAAUUAAAGGGUUGGCCAGAGACCUUUGAGGAUCAAGGCCAGCCCACUUUUCUCCCA